GGGUUUGUUAAUGAAGUGUCACCUGACCCUGUCCUAACGCUGCACGGGGGGAGAGGAUAUAUAGUCCAAAUAAACAUACAUUCGAGUGAGUGGAAGACACAAUUAUUUCCAACAUCUCCAUACAGUAUAGCCUAGUAGCCUAUUCAGCCUCCUUGGAUUGGUGCGCCGGUCAGUGUUGGCUCUUGCCACAGGGGUUAGAGGCACUUCUGCUUUCGACAGAGAGAGAAGAGCAACGAGCCUAUCAGACAUUCUUSAUCAGAAGAAAACGUCCGGAGCGAAGAUUUUAAUCAACGACCCGACUGUGCGUCACUACAAAAUCGUUAUUUUGAAAGCCCCCCGGUGCAUUUUACUCCUUCMGUUUGCCUUUUUUGCGUGCGUCGUGGAGAAGGAAACACUGACCGUGUAUCCGACGCUCCUGCAAAACGGAUAACGGAAUAUUCAAUGUAUGUUUGAUGAAGGUUGGACAUUUGGCCAAACCCAUUCAUUGUAAGGAUAAGAAACGCUGCGRGGUCGCAACGUUUUCAAUCUCCUGAUUGCUUCUUUAUUAUUGCUUUAUUGCUGUGGGCUGAGGAAAUACAUUGUAUUUCCAGCGUAGUGUUACGUAAGAGUGACUUUAUCCAAGGUGCUGAAUUGAACGGUAUAGCGGGACACAGAAGGAAGAAGGCAAUCUUGUUUAAGUCUACCCAGAAGGUCACAGGCCUAUACGUCGGGGAUUUGGAGAGGACCGCACAGCACUGGCAUCGUUGAUACCCGUAUUCCUGUAGCAAGACCGCCUUUUAUUUCUCUCUUUGGUUAAAUAAAUUCUUAAGGUGGUCGACUACACGAGGAGAAAAUGUCGGGGCAGACGCUCACGGAUCGUAUUGCCGCUGCGCAGUACCAGUUGACGGGAUCAGAGGUAUCUCGCGCCGUCUGCAAAGCAACCACUCACGAGGUGAUGGCGCCCAAGAAAAAGCACCUGGAAUAUCUGAUAUCGGCCACCAAUGCGACCAACGUGAACAUCCCUCAGAUGGCCGACACUCUGUUUGAGAGGGCCACCAACGCCAGCUGGAUUGUUGUCUUCAAGGCCCUAGUCACCACACACCACAUGUGUGUCCAUGGAAACGAGAGGUUCAUCCAGUACCUGGCCUCCAGGACCGCUCUGUUCAAUCUCAGCAACUUUAUCGACAAAACAGGCUCCCACGGCUAUGACAUGUCUACGUUCAUCAGACGUUACGGCCGCUACCUCAAUGAGAGGGCCUUUGCCUACCGCCAGAUGGCUUUCGACUUCACCAAAGUCAAGAAAGGUGCUGAAGGGGUGAUGAGGACAAUGGCUCCAGACAAGCUGUUAAAAGGCAUGCCCGUCCUGCAGACCCAGAUCGACACACUGCUGGAGUUUGAUGUCCACCCCAAGGAGCUGAAUAACCCUAUCAUCAACGCAGCGUUCCUGCUGCUCUUCAAGGAUCUGGUCAAGCUGUUUGCCUCCUACAACGAUGGGGUCAUUAAUCUAUUAGAGAAAUACUUUAAGAUGAAGAAGAGCGACUGCAAGGAGGCCUUGGAGAUCUAUAAGAGGUUCCUGACCAGGGUCACCAAGAUCGGAGAGUUCAUGAAGCUCGCUGAGACAGUCGGUGUCGAAAAAAAUGACAUUCCAGACAUCAACUAUGCUCCCAGUAGCAUCCUGGAGUCUCUGGAGACACACAUGAACAGCUUGGAGGGGAAGAAGGGUGAAGGGUCUCCAACAAAGGGGUCCCCCACCAAUAACGUGUCCCCGACCUCCACCCCCGCCAAAUCUGCAGCCGCUGUGCCCACCCUAGUGCCGCCACCCGAAGAAGCCACUGAUUCUCUGUUUGAUCUGGACCCUCUGUCCUCCUCUGGUCCGUCAGCAGGAGCCUCAGCAGCCCCUAUGUCCUGGGGAGACCUCCUUGGAUCAGAAAUGGGCGAGUCCAUGCUUCCUGACCCCACCCUCGCUGUAGACACCGCUCCCUCUCCCGCGGGGGUAACGCCCACCCCUGUAGCCGCAGAGCCAGGAGUCACUCUGGCUCCUCCCCCUAGUGCGGCCGCCACCACCUCCUCCGGUGCGACGAAUAUGGAUCUGCUGGGAGAUGCGUUUUCCACCCCUGCUCCCGCCUCUGAUGCCGCGGCCGAGGGCGGGGCCCCGGCCUCCACGCCAACCCCAGCUGCCGACGCCGCAGCCGACCCCUUUGCCCCCACUGGUAGCAGCUCAAAUGCAGUAGGCCCAGGGCUGGACCUGUUUGCCAUGAUGCCWAUGGAGAACAACUGCUUUAACUCAGUGGCGCCCCCUCCUGCCCCCUCAUCCYCCAUCGCAGCACCCAUCCCCCRCACCACCCCAUCGAUAGACCUCUUCAGUGCUAUGUUUGAUUCAAUGCCAGAUCCAAGCUUCACCAAAGCAGACCCUGCCCCCAGUGUUGACAUGUUUGGAGCAGCAGAUGCAUUCUCCUCCCCUGCCCCCUUCCUCUCCUCAGACCCCCCAACGGACAAGGGGGCGAUCAUGGACAUGUUUGGGGACUCCACCGGUGGAGAAACCCAACCUGCUGCACCUGCAGCUGCCUCUGGUGCUGAGCUGAUGGCAGCGUUUGAUGGUCUAGGGGAUGUUUUGAUGCCUUCUAUGACACCCCAGGCCGUGGCAGCCUCGUCUCCAGUUAAAUCUAUGGGAGGAGACCUGGACGCCACCAUGGCUAGCAUGGCUAGCAAUCUGGGAAUGGGGAGCCAAAAAAUGGGGGAGAACACGAUGGGAAGCGGAGGCUGGUCAACUCCUCAGGUAGCUCCUCCAAGUUGGGGCGCUCCCAUGGGCGGGGCGGCUGGCGCUGGAGCUCCCAUGAUGCCCAUGGUUAGGCCAGGCUUUGGAGCCCCUGCAACCCCAGGAGCACCGAUGGGAUCUCCAGGGAUGGCCGGGAGUCCGAGGAGGCCUCCUCCUCCCAAGAAUGCCUUGGAUGACCUCAACAUCAAGGACUUCAUGUAAACCCCUCUAACCCAUCCCUCUGAGAGGUUGUUGUUAUGUCUGGAGCUGUGGAUGUGGAUGUGUGCACCCCCCGUCUCCCUCCUGUCACGCCCCAGCCCCUUCAGCCAAUCAACCAUCAGCACUACGACCCCUGUCCUCGGACUUCCCCGUAACCUCUCUGUCUGCUGUUGUAGCAAAAACCGUGGCUGUGAGUCAUAGAUACAGAAAACUAAACUGUGUAUGAGUGUGUGUGUACUUCAAUGUUAUCCUUUACCUAAACUAAGAAAAAAAAUUACCAUAAAAAAUGAGUGUAUUUAGAUUUGUUCUGGAACUCCCAUGUGUCAGCUGACCUGGAAUGGUGGAUCUGUGUUGAUUUUCUUGCGCGUUUCCCAGACGAGGAUUGUGUUGUUAACCGUGGACUGUGUUCGGUGUGUGUAAACCUCACUGGCCAAUCCCUGCCCUAUCCUCUCCCUCACUAUCCAAUCAAAUUCUGUAUAUUGCUGUCUUUCUAACAUCAUUCAACACUUAGUUGUACUCUUCUCCAUUAAUUGAUCCACCCAGCCUCUUUGAGAACAGAUACAGUUAUAUUGAUGAAUAUUGAAAUAUGUACAACUGUCACCACAAAUCUGGGUUUACGAGAUGACAAAUCAUAUGACAAAAUGUUGUUUUUAUUUUGUCUGUUUUUUUGAUUGUGUGUUACAUGCAACAUUUGUGGACUAUGUUCAAAUUGACAUAUGCAUUUUAGAAUAUUUUUAAGUAUAGAUUAUACAUAUAUUUCUUUAAUCUUUAUUUUGAGAGAAAAUGUAUCAUAUUUUAGUUAUGUCUAUGAAUUCUAAGGUUUUAAAAAAUUCAAGCAGUUUUGAAAAAUAUCUCAUCUGUAUUUGGAGGCAGUACUGAAUGCAAACUCAGCCCCCAGUGUUUACUGUGGCUCUCCCUGUUGGUGCGGAGUGUUACUGCAUUUGACUAUGUCAAGUGAAGUUGAUCUAGGCUGCAUCCAAAUACUUUAAAAAAUCCAAAUGUACUUGUCUCCUUUACUUAACGGCCAAUUAUCUGAAUUGAUAGGUGAAAGGCAAUUGGUGAAACCAACCAGUGGUCAUGAAAUGAAGGAGACAAGGAAAGAAGGUUUGUAAAUAUUGUUGGGACACAGCCCAUGUCAACCUAAAGGCUUAGGUGGCAAACUCAUUCCACGGAGGACCGAGUGUCUGCAGAUUUUCGCUCCUACUUUGUACUUGAUUUAUGAAUUAAGGUCACUAAUUAGUAAGGAACUCCCCACACAUGGUUGUCUAGGGCUUAAUUGAAAGGACAAACCAAAAAAACAGCAGACACUAGGCACUUCAUGGAAUGAUUUUGACAACCCUGACCUAAGGUCAUUGUGGAGCUGUGAUCAGUAGAGUUGUAUUGUCUCCCGUAGCAACACUUCAGAGGUGUUGGGAACUCGUUAGCUGUAAACCGCUCAGAUAUACAAUGGAUGUUCCAUGUGUUGUUUUUCUUCCAAAGUGACUAUCUUAAUCUGUUGUGAAAAAAAGUAUUGACAAAGAAAAAGAGGAAUAAAACGUAUAAAAUAAAAAAUGUGGAUAACAAUAUUUGCUAUAUAUUUGGUUGAAGGCAGUGUUUGGUUCUUGGAUGGCAUCACUCUUCUCUCCCCCACUUGCAUGUGAGUCCCUUGAGAUGCAAUAAAAUAGAAAUACACUGAU